AUGGAUAAAAUCAUCGCUAGCAGAGCAGAAAACAAAAGUUGGGGAUUGGGUGUGCCAAACCUCAGGACAGAACUACUAGCAAUGAGUGCUACAACUGUUCGCAGUUGGGCAAUUACGGAAAACGAACUGGUUCAAUGGUCUGGUGAUAUGAUUCAAACAAAAGGGGCUGGGCAAGCCGAACAUCUAAUACCUGUCGCUACAAAACCGCGAAUAGUAAUUAAUGGAGGCUUGUGA